AUGAACACUGCAGAAGAAAAAGGCAUUGCGUCUUCAAAUAACAAAACUAUUCUAGUUUUAUCAGGUCAGAAGCAAAAUGUAGACGGUAUUCAAUCAGUGCUUAAUCCAUAUGAUGAAGCUUCUCGGCAUCUAGAAAUGCUCAGAAAAAAAUACGGAAGCACCUGGAACGGUUCAGAUGACCCAGAAAAUAAUUAUAAUUGGCCGUCAUGGCGCAAAAUUACAAUUGGUGUCAUAUUUCCCCUGGGACAGCUAGUGACUUUAAUGUCAGCCAGUAUGAUUGCUGCUGCUCUUGGCAAUAUCUCCCGCGAUUUGAGGAUUGAUGACUAUACUGCUAUGGUUAUAUUUUCUACUUAUAUUUCUACUUACUUUCUCGGUCUGGCCAUAGGACCUUUCGUGGCUGCCAUAUUCUCUGAAGUCACUGGCCGAAAAGGUAUAUGGCUAUUUUGCGAUGCGUGGUAUAUUUUGUGGAAUAUUCUCUGCCCACUCGGGAAUUCGAAGGCUUUGAUGAUCACGGGUAGACUCAUGACGGGAAUAGGAGUCAGUGGUGGUAUCACGCUUAAUGGACCCGUAAUGGCCGAUGUGUAUGGAAAACGAGAACGUGGAAAGUCGCUCGCAAUUGCGUCUUUUCUACCCUACCUUGGACCUGCACUUGGCCCGAUCUUUGGAGGCAUUAUCGCACAAUUGGUGGUGUGGCCAUGGAUAGUCUGGAUCAUAUCGAUUUUUAACAGUUUCAUAACCUUGGCGGGAUACUGUUUCAUUCGGGAAUCUUACACCAUGAUUCAAUUAAUCACAUUCGCAUUUGGAGUUGGCUUUGGCAUUUACACGAUUUUGAUUUCAACUUCUGCCACUCUUUAUAUAGAGCGUUACAAUCAGACUGUAUCGAUCAGCGCUCUUCAAUAUAUUGCAAUCGCUGCGUCUCAAAUUGGGGUUCGUAUCAUGGACUGGCUAUACAGAAGUCUUAGCAACAAAAACAACAAUUAUGGCAGACCGGAGUUCCGUCUUCCAUAUUCAAUGGUUGUUGCUAUCUUAUUGCCGAUUGGACUGCUCUGGUACAGCUGGGUUGCCGAAGUAACUGGCCCAUGGUCAGUAGUUGAUAUCGGUGCAUCUGUCUUUACCCUAGAGAAUAUGGUAUUCAGUCAAGGUCUUCUUGCUUACGAAUUGUAUGAAUUUGGUAAAUACGGGGCAUGGGCAAAUGCGGCAUCCCGAGUGGGUUCGAACAGUAUGGGAUUCAUUUUACCUACCUUUGGGCCCCAGCUUUAUGAAAAGUUGGGGUUCGGAUGGGGCAACAGUCUGUUGGGCUCUAUAUGGAUUGUAUCAGACGAUUCCAUCUGUUUUGUAUUGUACUAUUGGGGUGAAAGGAUACGUGUAAUUAAUUGGUAA